AUGGCAACCUGCGCCACAUCAACCCAUCCAUAUUUUCAAAACAAUACCGAGGGUAAUGUAAGGGUAAUGCCAUUGAUCACGCAUUCAAUCAAUGACCCGAAAGAACAAACCAAUGAAUGCGAACUGCUCUACAUACGUGUCUUUCUUUUCCUGAGAGAUCAGCUCAUCAACGAGUUGAGCCAACUUGCAGCCAGUUCCACCAACCAGAACUCCACAGUCUUCACCGCCAACACACCGUUCCGAUCCCUUGGGACGUAUCUUGGACUUCGUGGUUCAUGCACAAGGACGCAAGGCAACUCAACUCAAUUAUUGGGCUAUUUGUCUCCUUCGUUCCUUGUCAUAUAUCUCCCUAUUGUCAUCGUACAGAUUCAUACUCAAUUUGUCACCCAGGGUAUCACGGACUUAUUUCUCUCCCAUCCCGCAUCGUCAAGGUCUAGAAUGCUUAUGAAUUGUCUCAGGACAGGAUUUCAUAACUUCGAAGGAGCUCUCCCCAACAUGACAACUAGAACAGUGUCGCUUCGUGACUAUUUCCCAAAGUCGGUCCUCCAUAGAAUUCAUAGUGAAGUUGCCCCGCAAAACUCUUCCCCUGCUAUUCUAACCACCCAUCCGCUGUAUCCAUUUCGAGAUUCGCCUUGCAUCUUGAUUAAGACGAUGUAUAAAGUCGUAACUACCUUUGAGAGAUCCGAGCCGCGCAAGAAUGACAAAUGCAAAGGCUUUGAAAGGCCAAAGAGCCGAAUGUCCGUACGCCCACUAUCCACCAACGCCGUGCUCACCAUGAUGUCUAUUAUCCUUGCCGUUACCGACUCCACCUUCCUGUCGUGCCCACUUUUGACAGCAUUCAUAGCUCCUAAUCACUGGCAGAAGAAGGAGUAUUCUCGUCUCCAGCUGGAGAACCGCCACUAUCGUCCCGCACCGCUAGGCAGCUUCUUGUCCGGACCGCGGGGUCUCGCCCAACAGUCCCUGUUCGUCGCGAAGGCCUUGGGGCAUCGUUCGAUGUAUGGCUUGGUGCCGAUUCGGUGA